AAUUUUUAAUCCCAUUCUAAGAUAAUUACUCUUAACGAAAUGAUUUUCACGCAAAUAAUAUUUCAAAGAUUCAAAAACGUUUCCAUGAAUGAAAUUCAGAGCAUAUCUUGGGCAGGAGCGUGUCAGACAACUCGAGAAGCAGGCACCUCGAAGCACAAAUCGACAGCAAAGAUAACCAACCAACUACUGAUAGAAAGCAACUUGAGCGAAAAAGAAAUCUUCGCCUCCUCCCCGAUGUCUCUCAUCUUCUGCUCAUCUUCAUCCUCCUCAUCUUCAUCUUCUUCGUGGCCUUUCUUCCGGUGUCAGGUGGAACUUCUUGCCCCUCCGAUCGAAGUUUUGAAACAGAUUCGACAGCUCGGAUGGCCCUGGAGCAUGCAGGUGCUCGGUCGGAAGCACUCCGUCAACAGGAAGGUCAUCAACGACAACGUCGACAUCAUGUUCUACAAGUUCGCCCUGGGCUGCUGGGAGCUGAAGGAAGGAAGUGGUGGUGGUGGGGGUGGGGGUGGUGGUGGGGGGCAGAAGGAGGGGGAGGGGCGAGUAUUUUAUAAACACUGCGACAGGAGGAAGAUAUACGAGCUGAUGAUUUGGAAGACGAAUUUGAAGAAAGAAGCAUGCUUCCUCUGCUCAAAAGCCAUCUCAUCGGCAACCAUCAGGAACAUUCGGAGGCAGGAAAGCUUUGAGACACGUGAUAACGAUGAUGAAGGUGAUGACGAUGAUGAUUCUGAGUGUCCAUUGGUGGAGUGCAUGGAAUCAAACGUCUACAUAGAACCGUGUGGAGAGGGCUACGCACAGUUGACGCACAUUCUCACUCUUGAUCUUCUAGGGCAUUCGACAGAGUGGUACAGAGACGCCAUUCCGACCAUCCUACAUCGCUACUACUCCAACUUGCAAAAAUUUUUUCAAAAAAAGAUCUCCGGUACGAACGGACCCGAAACGAAAGUGUAA